AUGUCGGACCUGUCUAAGGAUAUUGUCCACGCGAGUGACACAACCAGCGACAAGACCGACAAGACCAUUGCCGUCCACGGUGUCACAAGUAGCGAACAAACCAGCCUCCUGCCACCGACAACGCCGUCAACACGGCCAAUACUGUCCAGCCGGCCUCGGAAUUUUUCGUACGGCGCCAUUUCCACGCCUGACCAGCCCAGCCAUCUUGGCCGUGCCACUAGCGCCGCCAACCUGCACCAGCUAGGUGCUCACACUGUGGCAGCUGCCCGCGCUAACGACACUGCACGAACCACAUCUGUCAGCGGGAGCAAGCGCCACCAGACCCACGACUGGAUAACCGCGAUAAACGUCUCCUCUGGCGACGGCUCCGUCACCAAUCUCGAAAACGAUCUUGAAACCAGUCUCGACUGCUACCCGGUCUUGAAUGCCGACAUAGAUGGCUCGGCCUCGUCUUCGUCCUCGUCCUCGUGCACCGACUCCGACUUCAUCUCCGUCGCGAACAUGCCUCCCCAAACCGCCUUUCUGACCAGCUCCCAGCGCCGCCUAGUCAUUGCCUACUGCGGCCUGCUACUUGUCGCCUUUACAACCUCUCUCGAGGCGCAAGUUACGGCGCCGCUGGCUGCUUUUGCCGUUUCUUCGUUUGAGAACCACUCCCUGCUCUCAACUGUCGUCGUUGUCCAAGGUGUCGUCAAUGCCGUCAUCAAACCACCCAUGGCCAAGUUGGCCGACGUCUUUGGCCGUUUUGAGGCUUUCCUCGGCGCCGUCUUGCUGUGCGUCGCUGGCUACGUUCAGAUGGCGUGCUCCCACAAUGUCCAGACGUUCGCCGCCGCGCAGAUUAUGUACUCGGCCGGUAUCACCGGACUCCAAGUCUUGAACCAGAUCUUCGUUGCCGACACGACCGAUCUGCGCCACCGCGCUCUCCUAUCGAGCCUACCCGACACGCCGUUUCUCAUCACCGUCUGGGUUGGUCCCUCCAUUGCCUCCGCCAUUAUCAACGCCACCUCUUGGCGCUGGGGCUACGCCAUGUGGGCCAUCCUUCUCCCCAUCGCAUUCCUCCCUCUCGGUGGUUCGCUCGCCGUCAGUGCCUACCAGUCGCGCAACCAUCGCUAUCGCCAGCGUCGCCGGAGCAGCUGCAUUGGUGGGCCCCGACCGAAGAGCUCGUCCAGCGAGAGCGGCGGUGGCGGCAUUGGUGGUGAUGCUGGCGGCGAGGAUCCCGGCGGCCUCCCCGUCCUCAGCCGCACCAGCUCCCGUCACACUCCUGGCGGCAGUGGCAGCCGCAGUCGCCUGGCCCGUAAGAGCAGCCGUGCUAGCAUCAAGGGGUCGAAGGCAUACUCCACGUUCCGCCAGCUUCUUGUCGACCUCGAUAUUGUCGGUAUCCUCGUUCUGAGUGCAUCGCUCUCCCUGGUUCUCUUGCCGCUGACUCUCGCCGAAAAAGCGACGGGCGGCUGGAGCAACCCGGCUAUUGUCUCGUCCAUUGUCGUCGGCUUGCUCCUUCUCAUCUUUGUCUUCCCCGCUUGGGAGGCCCGUCCGGACUGGGCCCCGCACCCACUGAUCCCACCAACGCUCCUGCGCUCCGUCACCUUUUGCGCCGGCUGCGGCGUGGCAUUCUUCUUCUUCGCCGUCUUUUACUUGUCUGUGCAGCCGUACUUUUACUCCUACCUCCUCGUCGCCCAUAACCAGAGCGUCGCUGCCGCCGGUCGCAUUACGCAGAUCUUUUCGUUCACCUCGACCAUCGCCGCCGUCAGUGCCUCCGUUGCCAUCCGCCAUCUUCGUCACUACAAGGUCUUUGUCGUCACCGGCGCCUGCGUCUACCUGACUGGCAUCAGUCUUAUGCUUGUGUACCGCACUGCGGACGCCGGUACCUUCCGCCUCGUCGCCACCCAAGUUGCUGUCGGUGCUGGUGCCGGUCUUAUGAGUGUUCCCACCCAGAUUGGCAUCCAGGCCAGCGUAUCGAGUACCCCACGUCUCGUUGCGGCCGCUACUGCCGUCUAUCUGACUAUGGGAGAGGCCGGCAUUGCCGUCGGCGCCGCCAUUUCUGGCGCACUCUGGGCCCGCCUCGUGCCCGCCAAGCUCGAGUUGUACCUGCCUGAGCCUGCCCGCCAAAAUGCCUCUGCCAUCUACUCCAGUGUCGUCGUCGCUACGUCCUACCCCUGGGGCAGCCCCGAACGCAUGGCCAUCACCCGCGCCUACCAAGAGUCCAUGACAUCCCUGCUGACUGUCGCCGUUGCCUUUUGCGUGCCUGUUCUGAUCUUGGCACUGAUGAUGACAGACCUGCGCUUCGACACCAUCCCCACGUCGCCGGCCACUUAUAGUUAUGACGACCAUGCGGUCGUCGAUAGUGACGAUGAUGACAACAACACAUAUGACGCCGAAGGACUCUUAAGCCGCCGGAGCCUGCACGACGACCAUGCCGACCGUGCCGAGGCGUCGUCGUCGUCGUCCAACACCGCCGCGAAUCCGUACGGUGUGGACACCGCCGCCGGUGAGAGAGCCACGCUCUUGUCGGACGCAGAUGAGACUUGA